GUUCCAUACUGCACAGAAUUCCAUCCCAUUCCUUCUUCUUUGUUGCUUCCCUCCUCAUUUUGUCCACUUUUCGAUUCGAUUCCCAGGAAGACAUCGGAAAGCGCCAAAAAAGGGAUAAAAAAGAAGUUUACAUUCUUCGCAAUUACCCCCUCUAUUUCUCGAAAUCUCAAUUUCACCCUCUCGGGAUCUCAACUCCUCUUGCAAGCAGGCCCUCUCCUUUUGUACAGGGAGAAAAUAAAGAAGGGGUGCUGCUUUGCAGAUCGGAUCACAGAUUUAUGCUCUGAGAGACCAGAUUUUCUAUAUUUAAUGAUAUGGGUAUACUGUUUACAAAAAUGUUCUCUUCUCUGUUUGGUAACAGGGAGGCUCGGAUCCUUGUCCUUGGCCUUGACAAUGCCGGCAAAACCACCAUUCUCUAUCGACUCCAGAUGGGUGAAGUUGUAUCGACUAUUCCAACGAUCGGUUUUAAUGUCGAAACAGUACAGUACAAUAACAUCAAAUUUCAAGUUUGGGAUUUAGGCGGACAGACAAGUAUCAGACCAUAUUGGAGAUGCUACUUUCCAAAUACCCAGGCUAUAAUCUAUGUUGUUGAUUCAAGUGACACAGAUAGGCUGGUGAUAGCUAAAGAAGAAUUUCAUGCAAUCUUGGAGGAGGAGGAACUAAGAGGAGCAGCAAUUCUGAUUUUUGCAAAUAAGCAGGAUCUUGCAGGUGCACUUGAUGAUGCUGCAAUUACAGAGUCAUUGGAGUUGCACAAGAUAAAAAGCCGACAAUGGGCUAUUUUUAAAACAUCAGCAAUAAAAGGGGAAGGGCUAUUUGAAGGCUUGGAGUGGUUGAGCAAUACACUUAAAUCUGGAAGCGGCUAAUGCUUGGCAUGAAGAAUCGGAAGCGUUGCAGCUACUCGAUCCAUACUAAUGGAGCGUGCUACGGUUAUGGCCUAUGGUGAUGAUGUGACAGAAAUUUAAUCCAUGGAAAAAGUUGUGUUGAUUGACCUGCUGAAAUUUCUGGGUUUUAUUAGUAUUUUUUGUGGGGUAAACAUUUGGUAUACAUGUAAAAUUUUUGUUAAAGAUUUAGCCAUUUCUUUUUU